AUGGCGCCAUCAGCUGAUAAUGAAGUUGCCCUUGAGUUUCGGUUCUUCAAGGUGUAUAAAGACAGCCGUAUCGAAUUCGUUUGGCCGGACUGCCCAAAAAUCCCAGCAUCCAUUGACCCGAUUACCAGGGUCGAGUCCAAAGAUGUGAUCAUCUCAACGGAACCCCAAGUUUCUGUCCGUAUUUUCUUGCCAAAACUCAAAUCCCCUGACCAAAAACUCCCUCUCUUACUUUUCGUGCAUGGGGGUGGCUUUGUGAUGUUUUCUGCCUCUGCUAUUCCCUACCACAUUUUGUGCAACAAAGUAGCGGCUGAGGCUAACGCUAUUGUUGUCUCUGUGGAAUAUGGUCUCUUCCCUACCCGACCCAUACCCGCUUGCUAUGAAGACUCGUGGAAAGCGCUACAGUGGGUGGCUUCACAUGCUGAUGGGAGUGGAGUUGAGCCGUGGCUGAAUGAUCAUGCCGAUUUUGCUAAAGUUUAUGUUGGGGGAGAUAGUUGUGGAGGUAACAUAUCACAUACUCUAGCAUUCCGGGUCGGGUCAAUUGGGUUACCGGGAGUUAAUGUAGUUGGAAUGAUUUUGGUGCAUCCUUUUUUUGGUGGUACCGAGGAUGAUAAAAUGUGGUUGUAUAUGUGCCCAAGUAAUAGUGGGUUGGAUGAUCCUAGGCUGAAUCCUCGUUUGGAGGAUCUUGCUAGACUUGGGUGCGAGAGGGUGUUGAUCUUUGUGGCUGAGAAAGACGACUUGAUUGUUGUAGGCAAGAAAUAUUGCGAGAAGUUGAAGAAGAGUGGAUGGAAAGGAAGCGUUGAAAUUGUUGAGAACGAAAAUGAAGGCCACUGCUUCCAUUUGCUUGAUCUCAAUUCUGACAAGUCUGUGGAAUUAAUUCAUAAGUUUGUUUCCUUUCUCAAACAAGACUAG